AUGGGUCAGGAUCUACUAGCUGCGAGCUACAGCUAUUCUCUGCACCAAUCGUACUACUCGGAUUCGGCCGUGGAGGAACGUCUGUUUAAGGUUCCCAAGUACCACUUGGUCAGGAAUUCGGAUCAUUUCUCCAGUCUCUGCAGCCUCGCAGAAACCUGUCCAGGGAACGAUCCUGACGCAUCGAUUCUGAGCUUGCCCGACUCUGAAACGUCGGCCCAGAACGCAAUCGCCCUCCCAGGUGUCACAGCUGACGACUUUAGUAACUUCUUAGAGGCAUUAUACCCCAGAACAAUCCAAAGGGUGCUAACCCUAACCAAGGAGCAAUGGCUAUCCGUUCUGAAGCUUUCCACCUUGUGGUACUUCAAAGAACUUCGUCGACUCGCAAUCGAUCACUUGGAGGCCUGGUCCCCGAGCCUCACGUCGAUUGAAUUAAUCCAACUCGGAAAGGAGUAUGCCAUCUCCAACUGGCUCCUUCGCGGCUACCAUGCACUCGUGAACCAGAACGGCGUCAUAUCCCUCGAGAGCGCAAAGGCGAUUGGGAUGGAGUCAGCCAUUCGAUUGUACACUCUACGCUCCAGAACCGAGUGGGUUUGUCGGAACGAGGAUUAUCUGGAGCAGGAGUUUGCCGAAGAAUUGGGCGGGGUGCACGAACAGGAAAGGCGCCAUUAUGACGAGAGGGGCUGGUUAGCUCCGCAACAGGGACGGGUUGAGGAGAGGGCGAAGUUAAAGACAGAGCAAGACGAAAGGAAGAAGAUUCGCACCGAGCAGAAGCGUUGUUCCGACCAGGAAAAGGCGAAGAAGUUGGCCGUCGCCAAGGAGGAGCGAGAGAAACUCGAAGCCCAGUGCAAGGCGCUCGCCAGGCGUCUGGAGUCGGAGGUGGAAUCGAGGCUCGCCGCCGAAGUCAAGUUGGAACGGGAGACACAGCGAGCGAGCGAGUACAAAGCACAAUAUCAGGCACUUAAGAAAACACUGCGCUCUGAACAAGCUUCGAAUGCGGCGAAGAUUUCUCAAGGGAAAGACGCCAUCGACAAAGCCACCAGGGAGAGGGACAGCUACAAGCGCAGGUGCGACGAGCUCUCAAAGCAAAAAGUGGUGCAUACCCAGCCGUACUACUAUAUCCCACCGCAUUUUCGGACUUCCCACCACACCUCCGGAUCUCAGCCCCUCGCACCUCAAUAG